GCGCGGCUCCGCGCGCGAAACAUGGCCUGGCUGGGUGCUGGUGCUGGCGGCGGCGGCGGCGGAGGCUGCGAGGAGGAGGGCGACGACAGCGUGUUCAAGGCGGCUGUGGAGGUCUUCGCGAAGCUGAAGGACCUCAGCUGCCCCUUCCUCCAGGGUCUUUAUAUCACAGAACCAAAGACCAUUCAGGAACUGCUGUGUAGCCCCUCGAAGUACCGCUUGGAAAUCGUGGAGUGGAUGUGUGCACGGGUCUGUCCCUCCUGGCAAGACAGGUUCAGCUCACCUAAGGGGGCCUCAGCCGAGGUGAAGAUCCAAGAGAUGGUGAAACUGGGCCAUGAGCUGAUGUUGUGUGGGCUGGAUGACCACGAGCUCCUGAAGGGCCGGGCCUGUGCCCAGAAGCAGCUGCGCUUCAUGGACCAGCUGCUGGACGUCGUCCGGAGCCUGACUGUCGGAGGCUCCAGCUGCCGCAGUGUGGAAGAGCACUUCGAGGACACCAGGGAGAAGAAUGAGGCGCUGCUGGGGGAGUUCUUCUUGAGCCCCCGCCUGCAGGUGCUCCGGAGCCCCGAGUGUGAUGCGUGGCCCCUGGGCGAGCAGCCACUUCCCGACAAGCAGAGCAAUGCCUGGCAGAGGACCAGCCCCUCCAUCGAGUCAGAGGAGGACAAGGUGGCAGAGCUGGCCAGGCAGCUGCAGGAGAGCGCCUCAAAGCUGCAGUCGCUCAGGGUGGAGUGCUUUGCGCAGCACAAGCAAGGAGCCGCUGUGGGCGGGGCCGACGCCAGCACCCUAGACCAGAAGCUGCGCCUGGUCAUCUCUGACUUCCGGCAGCUCAUCGUGGCUUUCCUGCAAGUCUAUGACGAUGAGCUGGGAGAGUGCUGCCAGCGCCCAGGCCCCAACCUCCACCCGUGCGGCCCCAUCGUCCAGGCCGUGUACCAGACUCUGACCUCAUGCAGCCAACUGUUGAAAGCGGUCGUGGAGGUCACUGACACCUCGGUGAAAGCCGUGCAGAUGGCGAAGCAGCAGCAGGGCAAGCAGAUCUGUUGGGGCAGCAACAAUUCUGUGAUGAGUCUAGGUAUGUGGUCACCACUUUUCUGUGGCUGUGGCCACCCGUUUGGUGGUCAGGGACAGGGCCUUCACAGUGCACCUCUGUGCUUGACCCGCAUUUGGGGACUGGCCCCUUACUUUUUUUCUUCUUUUUCUAAUGCUUAAGGUUUUCCUUCCCUUGAAAAUGCUUCUGACAGAUUAUAAAAUAAAAACAUUAAUUGUAGGAAAUUGGGAUAAUGUAAAGACGUGCAGAGGUAAACUAGAAACAUUGCAUAAUGUGGUGGCCCAGAGAUAGUCGGUGUUAAUAUUUUGGUCUGUUUCCCUCUAUUCCAUUUCCUCUCAUCAUUUUUUAUUUCUUUGUGUAAGGUGAGUAGAAUUACAACAUGUGUACACUAUUAUAUUCUUUCCCUCGGAUCUCAUUUUAAGUGUUUUCCCAUGUUCUCGAAGUCACAUUUUUAAUCAUCAAACACUUCCAUUCAGGCAUUUGCUAUAAUUUACUUAACAUUUUCUACUACUGACCCUGUAGGUCAUUUUCAGUUUUAUACCGUUACACAUGAUGCCGUCGCAGGAUUUACAACAGUGACAAAUGGAAACAAUCCAAGGUUUUACCCUUGCGUAAUGCUUGCGUAAUGCUUGCGUAAAUACUGGUAUAUGAAUAUGGUGGGACUGUAUUUGUUGUUUCAAAACUUGGUUACAGCGACACGAGCAAAUGUGUAUCGUGUAAUGGUAAAAGGAAAAUGCAGGUUAAAAAUGGAAUAUACAGUAUGAUUUCACUUCUCUAAAGGGAAAAAGACGUAGAAGAAUCCGUGGUAGGAGUUCAGCUAGAACAUGGACGUUGGUUUGCUGUGUGUUGGAAUCAGAGGUGUUUUAGUUCAUCUACUCUUUCUUCAUCCUGCUCUGCGGCUUUCGCAUAUUCCCCAGUGAACGUGUAUCACGCAGAGAGUGUCUCCCCUGAUUGUCAGUGUUUAAAAAAGGUCGCAGUGAAUAUGUUUCGACAUUUGUGCUUCCAUCCUGGGGCGGGGUUCCCGCCGUCCUGUCGGUGAGGCCAGGCUUCUUCUCGCUGUCGUGAGGCCAGCAGCCUCCAUCUCACUGAUCCUCGGCAGCGCUGGCUUUGAACCUUCCAACCUUUCUGCUGUUGGAUAGGGGCAAAGUUCUAUCUGAAUUUAAUUUUAAGCUUUUUUUCUGAGUAAGUCUAUUUUUCUUACGUUAAAAAAAACACUCAGAAAAGGUUUUUGUUGUUGUUGUUCUUUUGUGAUAAGAAAAACAGCCUUUUCUCUCUCCGAGUCUUAGAGAAAAGUGAAAAGUUGGAUAUUUCCCCUUCAAUCCAGUUCCAGUGACUUUAAAGCCAGUACUUGUGUUAACCACAACCCCGGCUAAGAAAUGGAGCGUGCCUUGGUGAGGGUCGCUCAUCGGGAGUUUUUUGAGCUACUUGGGUAUGUAGCUUCUUGUUUCUCAUCCACACUCGGCCCGGUGGCUGACGGCUCUUCCUUCCUCCGCACUUCUUGUUGCUCCCACCCUCUCAGAGGCCGAGCAGGUCUCUCCUGGGUGCCCGCACAACCCCGGGCGUGCGCGUGGCCUUCUAGAUUCCCAGGACUGUCACAGCUCUGCACAGCCCUCGUGGGCAUCUCCUUUCCCAUCCUCUCCUUCUGCACCUUCUGGUUGGUCUACUGUUUGCCCCAACUCUUAUCCACCGCCUGAGGCAACGGCAACUCCAGCAUUUACCUGUCAAUCCCCCCCACCCAGUGCACCCCCAAGGACUGGCUUCAGGCCACACAGCCCCGAGGCCUCCCUUGGGGGGCUGUCUGCGUGAACUCGCUGGCCUCCUCGCCGCUCUUGGCCUCGCACACACACUCGCCGCACGUGUACCCGGGCGCCCAGGAGUGUCUCUCCUUUCUGACUGAGCUGCAGCAGAAGCCUCCGUUUAAACAUCCUCAUCACCGCUGUCGCUGUGACUCCCGCCCCUGUGUGUGUAGUUGUUGUACGUUAAUGACCGCCAGCGCUCUCCACGGCGUGCCACCUGCCCGUGCUCACAGCUCGGCGGCAGCCUUCGCCUUUCCCGUCUAAGCUGUGUGAACCCCUCCGCUUCCCCUCUGUGUUGUGCCUGCAGAGAAGUGUCUGCUUGCCCUGGAAUCCAGAGUCUUGAGCGCAAGCGCUGCGCCCUGUUCCCGGGCAGCCCUCCGGCCCAGCUGUGGUCAGUGUCGCUUCCUCAUGUCGUUUGAGACUCGUUCUUGGGCUAUAGACACAGCAGAGAAAUGACCCCCGGCAACUCCACACGAGGGGCCAGUUGGAAGGGCCUUGGCGUUUCCCUUGUGUCUACCUGAGAGAGUGAGGGCCUUGGUCUGUGCGAACUCGGGCCCGCCACUGUGGGAGGUCGGUGCGUCUGUGCUACUUCACCUCCCGGGAUAAGAAGCUAGGCCACCGAUCUGGGUGCCAGGAGCCAGGCUCUUUUGGUCGCACGUCCCCACGCCUGAAUUGAGGGGCUUGAGUGAGGGGACCGGGUGCGCCUGCAGGGCUGGCGCCCAGAGCCGUGGCCUCGAGUGUGUGGGCAGGGCCUUGGCGAUGUGGGUGUGGAGCUCGCCCCUCAUCAUUCAGCCGUCACUGGCUCGACUGGGCGGACCCAAAGCCCCUUCUGCCUCCCAGGCCAUCAAAGUAGCAAUGCAUUUUGAAAACAAACCGGUUUCUGGAAGCAGGAAAGUCCAUGGAGGCAAUUCGGUGGAUGCAGUGGGGAGGAAAAGCUGCAACCAAGAGGACUGCUCCCAAAGGAGCAGUGCGGGGGCCAGGCUGCCUGGUGGAACCACCAUCGUCCCAGGGCUGUGUGGCCGGCAGUCCCGGGGAGGGGACGGUGGCAGGUGGGCUGGAAGCAGGGCGUAAGCAGAGCGGGUCUGUAGAUUGGCGCUCCCAGGGAGACUGGCCUGCUCUUCUGUGAGGAAAAUGAUUGACAUGAAUGGCAAGCUCGGGCUCCUGACACGGCUGGUGGCCAGGUGAAAGCCACCUCUUUCUGGCCUCUGAGGGUCCUGCUGCCCAGGCCUCCUCUCCCCAGCCUGGACCAACACCACAGAAGAGAGAAGAAAGACCUGGAAAAGUAGGCCUCAUGGGUCAUUCAGAUGAGAGAACUUUCCAACCAAGUUGAAUUAACAUAGUAUCUUGUCCAAACAUACCUAGGAAACUAGGAAGAACCAACAAGGAGAAACGCAAGCAGACAGUCCUAGGAGUUAAGAAUGGUUGUCAAAGUGUUCAGGAAAGCCAUGCAAAGAGUAGAAAAUGGAUGAGGCAACAAAUCUUGAGAAUAGACAGAAAAGGGGCAGAUAAACAAAACAAGGACAAAGAAAAGCAGCACAGAGGCCUGAUGCAGAGAAAGGAAGGAAGGAGGAGGGCGGAGCACACGGACCCCAGGCCUAGUCUCCUGCAAUCUGGAGUAGCAGGGACGCAGCAGCAGGGCCCAGGCUUCCAGAGACAGCACGACCCAGCCAAGCCCUGAGCCAAGAGAAGGCGAGGCAGCGGCCAGGGCCUGGAGCAAAGGAGAGACGUGGGAGCUGAGGACGCGCCCGGGGUCGGGGGAGCCCCCGGAGCAGAGCAGGGCUGGGGCGUCUAGAGGUUGGGAAAACCUGCGGACUUAGUAAAGGCACAUGACACCCCCAAAUCCCGUCUGCGGAGAGAUGUGAUCGUCCCCGGAGGGAGUGUCGAUGGUGAGUAGGGGGGGUGGCUGAGGCCCACCGCAUGAUUCCUGACUUCAGAGUCGCCCUUGGGGUGGGCGUGACCAAAUGCCCGUUGCCGACGUUGCCGUGUGGGAGGGCAGAGGACGGGUGUGCACGGUUGCUGGUCUGACUAAAAUCCACACAGCAUCAAAAUCAGAACAGCCCCUCGCUCCUGGGCUCCGGGGACGGGUGGGCAGGGACGUGGCCAAGCGAGUGGACCCCGGCCGGGGGCUCGGCCUGGCGCCCACGGGGGCUUCCAGCCGUGCUCACCAGCCCCCGGCCCCCUUCACGGCUCCUGGCUCAGGGGGGUGGGGGGGCCCGGGGCCUGAGCAAGGCCCGUGGAGAGACGGGCUGGGAAGCGCUCGAUUGACUUUGCUGUUUGCU